UCUGGGGGGUUGUCAACAUUUUCAGCAUGAAUUGCUCAUGAAACGGGCAUCUCUAAGUAGAAGGCGACUGGCUGUAAAAGGGAGUUGGCAUUUAAUUAGUAACUGUGAUUGUUUUCCACUGAGAUAUGGCUGAACAAGAAGAGUAUGACAAUCUUGCAUAUGUACAGAGAUUGAAUGCAGCGGUUCAUUACAGUGCGGGUCAGAUCUGUGAGGAACUCUCCCAAGAGCUCGACGUUACAUUCUCCCGUCAGUUCAUUGCUGUACUGUCAGAAGCCACCUUCAAACAGUGCGCUGUUUUUGCUACUGACCUGGAACAUUUUGCGCAGCAUGGCAAAAGGUCGGUGAUAAAUGCUGAUGAUGUGAAGUUACUCGCUCGACGAAGUGCUCCAUUGGCCAAGCACAUCAGAGAUCUGAGCGAGCAGCAGAACAUGGAAAACGAAGCGGAGAGGGAAAAACGGAAAUCCAAGAAAGUCAAGAAGAGCAGCAAAAGUGCCGCGGUAGACUGAACAGCUCAGAAUGAGAUAUCUAAUGUGCACACAGGCUUGACAGUAGAACCUCCUUAAUACGAGCAUUGUUAAUACAACAUUCCACUUAUGUACAAAUCUGACAAGACGCCAUUCCUGGGGGCCAUCACACUCAUGCACUUUGGCAAGUCACAACACCCUAUUGGUCGGAGAGGAAAGUAACGCGCGUGUACCACCUGCAUGUGAACAGGAUGGCCCUGAAGUGUUUGGCUUCUCAUUCUAUCCGCCGGAUUUGUCUAUAACAAGGACACUCAAGUCUCAGUACAUGUACUUUGUUCUUCAACUGUGUGCCUGGACUCGCAAGUUCUGACUGCUCCGAGAUAGUCAUUACUCAUAAACUUGUUUAGGGAUGCACUUUCAGCUUCAUUGCCGUUUGUACUUGCUCGGGGUUUACAAUAGCAACUUGAUACCUCAUCAUGGUACAUCGCCAUACAGCAUGGAAUGGGCACCUCUCACUUUUGUAGGGUGAUAACCCAAUUUCAACCUGAAGUCAAAUAACAUACCAGGGUACAAGCAUUGUACUUUCCCCAACUGUUGGGUUUAUUUUUAAAUGAAACGGCCUUCAGUAAACAAAUUUUGAUGACGUUGAUUGUAGGUAGCCUUAAAGAGGUUUAAUCAGAGCCACGGUGGCUACGUUUACAGCCACCAACUGUACGUCUGUUAGCUUUUGUACCUAUUUCAAAGCUUGCCGUCUGUGUGUUACUGGCAGUGAUCUUGUUCUAAUUUGCAAAGGAACAAAUAAAUACUUGUGCAAAUUACAAAUCAAA